UCUCUCCUACUUUCUCUCUCUAACUCAAAAAAAAACACACACACACACACAGUGAUUUACAGUGCAUACUUUCCGGCAAGAAUGAGCCUCCUCAGCCCUAUUACAACAUGGUCACAAACAAAACCCUCAAAAAAUGUCAACAUCACCAAAUCCAAAUCGGCCCCCUUUGCGCCGCCCCCCAAUUCUUUCUUUUUCUCGAAACCUCCCGCCGCCAAACAGCCCCUUAGUUUCUCAAUCUCGGCCGCCAUUGCCACCAGAGAACACAAGGAGGAGGAAGAAGACGAUCUCAGGAAAACCACCUUCUCUCCGCCGUUCAAUUUCAAGAAAUACAUGCUCGCGAAGGCGGCCGCCGUCAACGCCGCGCUGGAAGCCGCAGUGUUCAUGAGGGAUCCCGUCAGAAUCCACGAGUCGAUGCGGUACUCCCUCCUCGCCGGAGGGAAACGGGUCCGGCCGAUGCUCUGCAUCGCCGCCUGCGAGCUCGUCGGGGGUUCCGAAUCCGCCGCGAUGCCGGCGGCUUGCGCCGUCGAGAUGAUCCACACGAUGUCGCUCAUCCACGACGACCUCCCCUGUAUGGACAACGACGACCUCCGCCGUGGGAAGCCCACCAACCACAAGGUCUACGGCGAGGACGUGGCCGUACUCGCCGGCGACGCGCUUCUGGCAUUCGCCUUCGAACACAUAGUCGCCGCCACGAAAGGCGUGCCGCCGGAGAAAAUUAUCAGGGUCGUCGGAGAAUUAGCCAAGUGCGUCGGCUCGGAGGGGCUCGUGGCCGGACAGGUGGUGGAUAUCUCGUCGGAGGGGUCGUCGGAGGUGGGGUUGGAUCUUCUGGAGUAUAUCCAUAUCCAUAAAACCGGCGUCCUUUUGGAGGGGGCGGUGGUUAUGGGGGCGGUUAUCGGCGGUGCCGGAGACGAAGAUGUGGAAAGAUUAAGGAAGUUUGCGAGGUGUAUCGGGCUGUUGUUUCAGGUCGUUGACGAUAUUCUUGACGUCACGAAGUCGUCGGAGGAGCUCGGGAAAACCGCCGGAAAAGAUUUGGUGGCGGAUAAAACGACUUAUCCGAAGCUUCUUGGACUCGAGAAAUCGAGAGAGAUGGCGGAGAGAUUGAACACGGAGGCGAAAGAGCAGCUUUUCGGAUUUGAUCCGAUUAAAUCUGCUCCCUUGAUUGCUCUUGCUAAUUACAUUGCUUAUAGGGAGAAUUGAAAAUUUGAAUUUUUUUUAGUUUUAUUAUAAAGUUUAUACUAUAUAUACUAAUUAAAUUCAAGAAAAUCAUGAUUCUUGAAUGCACAACAAUGUUUGAAUUAUCUAGAUGAAAAGCUCUGUUUUGGGCCUUUUGGCCCCCUCCAGACACACUUCAUUUUAGUAUAAAAUUGAGAAAUUGUUCGUAUUUUGUUGUAGGGCAAAUUUCACUUUUCCCUCA